UGGGCGCAGGGUAGUGUCAACCUCACGCCGUUCCUGCGAGGUCGCUUGUGGCAAGAGGGUUGCUCGUAGAAGAGGGGAUCCGACAGGAAAGAUGGCCGUCGCGGAACAUAUGACAAAGAACGGCGGGCUCCUGUCGCAACCGACGACGGCGACAUCCUCGCGACGACGACGACGUGGAGGACGCGUACCGCGGCACCGCUGAUCGCCGUCGUUAAUCGCCGCCCGUCGGCGGCCGCGUCGUCGCGUCGCGUCGCGGCGUCCUAUCCCGGUUGCAGCAGUGACGGGGUGACAGGAGGAAAGGAGAGACUUGGCGUGUGGGAGUUCUCACGGGUCAACGCGAGCCGAGGUCGAAGUCGGGGACCGACGUCGCCGCCGCCGCCGCUAUUGUCGCGUACGUGCUGGUGCCAGUCCGGUGUGCCGGCGCCGUUGACGCCGUCGUGUCCGUGUCGCGACCAGUGGUGAAUAUAGCGCGGCGCAGCGGGGGAGCCAUGACUACGCGUGGAGAAUGGGCUCGAUCGCGUCGGUGCUGCAGUGGCAUUGCUCGGAGUGCACCCUGAUAAACCCGACGGAGAACGCGAGAUGCGCCAGGUGCGGGUUGACGCGGCUCAGGAGCGACGAGAGGGCCAGUCGCGGCAGGCCCGUGCGUGCCUCGACCAACGCGGAGUGUAGCGGCAGCGCGCGGCAGGAGGGAGGCGAAGCGGCGGUCGUGAUCGCGGAGGGAAGCCAGCGACGGUUGACGACAAGGUGGCGACACGAGGACGGUGAGUGUCCGCGCGAGGAAUCCACCUCCGGGGAGUCAACGCCGCCGACACCGCCGCCGAGGACAGACAGAUUGGCGCGUAACCCAACGGAAACAUCGUUGCCCGUCGUUCAACGCGGCGAAUCCCGACGCACCGUUGCUUGCAGUUUUGGAAGAUACCUGUCUGCAUCCGAUGUUAGGAAGAGUUCACACCGUGGUUCGUGGAGUGGCAACUCGUCCGAAAAGAAACCGCUGAAGCGUUUUUCGUCCUUACCUUCUUUAGUUACACAGUGGACUUGUAUUCGAUGUCUGUUGGACAAUAACUGCAGCUCAUUGAUUUGCGCAGCUUGUGAUGCCAGUGCUUCGAUAGCUCAAAUCGACGGGAGGCAGAUUGGCGCACGCAAGAGUAAAAAGAUUAAUCUGCACAAAGAAAAUCGUCUUAAAAUCGCCUCUGGACUUUUGGCCAACGUCCUAGAUGGAGGUGCUGGCACGAGUGGCUCCGGUAAUGAUGAUAAAAUUAAUGAUACAGGCAUGGCACAGUUGACAAGCAUAAGUCGAAACGAAAGAGGAAGAGUGGGCCACAAAGACUGGAUCUUGCCAUCAAUUGGAGCGAUGGAGUCCACUACGCUUCCGUUCACAGAUAAUACCGAUACUCAACGCUCUCCAAAGCGCCACAGUCCCUCGAUGUACGAGCGAGUUAAGUCUAAAGUCAGCCGUUCCCUAUCGAACGGUUCCGUCGUUCAAAAGUUGUCGGAUCACGUAGUUCAAAGACCCACGAGUCUAGUGGUGCCAGAAUCGCGUCAGGAUGACGGCUUGUGGAGCUGCGACAAUUGCACGCUGGACAAUGCGCCUGAUUUGGAGCAAUGCGAAGCGUGCGAUGCUCCGAGAAGCCCUGCGCCCUGCAGUGGAGUGGUUAUCAGCGUGCCGGCUUGGGUGCCGCGCGCGCUAUCGUCCGCCGGGCCUCUAUCUUACAGAAGAUCCUUUUCCGACGCCGAUUCGGUCACGAACGUUACGCAGAAGAAAACUGUUAACCGUAGAAGUUUGAACGACGAGGAACCGCCCGCGGUGCCGCCACAUUCCAUUGGCUUCAACACGAGACCAAAGUAUUCCUACAUAGGGAUCACGGAUCCCGACAUACCGCCGCCGUUGCCAAAGAAACAGAGCAGUAAGUUAGGUCUGGUGCCGACGAAGGCGCACAGCGAGGCGACCAGUCCGGUCCUCGAUCAGGGGGUGUCCAGCAUGAGCCCGCUCAAGCGUAUGUGGACUUGCAGAAAGUGUUCUUACGCGUACAACCCGCUGUGGUCCGGCGGUUGCGACAUCUGCGGCUCGUCCAGAUCGCCCCCGUCGUUGACGCAACCCAGCUUGAUAACCGUCACGAAGGACCCGAGUAGCUAUCCGACGCAUGCACAAUCUCCGAUCGUGGUUUCGAGAGACAGUGUCAGAUACAUACCACCGAAAUCGGCCACGCUGGCCACGGCGGAGUCCGAUCUGGACGAUCAGAUCGAUCCGCCGUCGCCGGUGUGGACGUAAAAGUGCACCCUUUUGAACGCCGCGUCGAGAACGACAUGCGAGGCCUGCUGCGGUUCGAAGCUGAAGAGCAUCAUGCAUCUGGAGGACGCCACUUUGCGGAAGGGCGAGAGCUGGGUGUGCCCGUCGUGCACGCUGAGGAAUCCGCUUUCGGCGCAAAACUGCAACGCUUGCAAGACGUUGGCAGAUUUCCUGGAGGUCCCGAAGGACAACAGAGCUCUGGGCCAGCGGAGUCCGAGCCCGAGACUCUGUUCAACCCCGACAAAUUCCAAAGCGGUCACCCCGAGACAUAGAAAUUCUGUAAGAAGAAACGGUUCGUCAGUGGGCGAUAAGAGGCACUCGAGAACUAGAGAUUCUUCGCACGCUCAGUGGCAAUGUAAGCUGUGCACUUACGAGAACAAGAGUACAACUGCUCUUUGUGAAAUGUGCCAAAGCUCGAAGUCAAUGUCCCAAAUGUCGGGGGAGAGAGGGAUAUCGAGGCUUCUCGAGUCGGGCACCAGUACUCUUCGAAUACAACGGCAAGAGAGCGUGGUGAUGGAAAAUCUCAGGCAACUGGAAGAGAGAGAGGCGUUAGAAAAGUGGGAGCGCAUUGUGCGAUAUUGCAAGGAGACAAAUGAACCGUUCGUCGAUGAUUCGUUUCCGCCUGCUCCGAAAUCCCUGUACUAUAACCCCGCGGAUACAAAAGAUAAUCACGUCGUCCAAUGGAGAAGACCACACCAAAUUAACGUGGACUCAAGUGUCGAUUCUAAACUGCCUUGGGCUGUCUUUAGGACACCCCUACCUUCUGAUAUCUCGCAAGGUGUCUUAGGAAACUGUUGGUUACUGUCCGCUCUGGCCGUUCUGGCCGAGAGCGACGAGCUCGUGAGGAGAGUUCUGGUCAUGAAAGAGACAUGCCCCGAAGGUGCUUACCAGGUUAGACUGUGUAAAGACGGAAAAUGGACGACGGUGCUCGUUGAUGAUCUAUUACCCUGUGAUAAAAGAGGUCACUUAGUGUACUCUCAGGCAAAAAGAAAACAGCUUUGGGUGCCGCUAAUCGAGAAAGCAGUUGCUAAGAUACAUGGUUGCUACGAGGCCUUAGUAUCCGGCCGUGCCAUAGAAGGUCUAGCGACAUUAACUGGCGCCCCGUGCGAGAGCGUGCCUUUACAACCUUCAGCAUUGCCAAGCGAAGACGAACUCGACAGGGACCUAAUAUGGGCACAACUCUUGUCCUCGAGGCAGGCUAUGUUUUUAAUGGGUGCUAGCUGCGGAGGUGGUAAUAUGAAAGUCGACGAGGAGGAGUAUCAACGCAAAGGUUUAAGGCCGAGGCAUGCAUAUUCUGUCCUCGAUGUUCGUGAUGUACAGGGAAUACGGUUGUUGCGAUUACGCAAUCCUUGGGGUCACUACAGUUGGAAGGGCGACUGGUCGGACGACAGUCCUAUAUGGACUCCACAAUUACGUGAGAUGCUUAUGCCGCAUGGUGCUUCGGACGGUGUCUUUUGGAUAUCUUUUGAUGAUGUUUUAAAGUACUUCGAUUGCAUCGACAUCUGUAAGACGAGAGUUGGAUGGAGCGAAGUGAGAUUGCGCGGUACUCUCCCUCCAUUGUCGUCUCUCAGACAUUUGUCGUGCGUCCUUCUGACAGUAUUGGAGCCUACCGAAACGGAAUUCACGCUGUUUCAAGAGGGGCAAAGAAACUCGGAAAAAUCGCAACGUUCUCAACUGGACUUGUGCGUGGUAGUUUUUCGCACGAGAUCUCCGGCCGCUCCGGAAGUCGGUAGGCUAGUGGAGCACAGCAAACGACAAGUGCGGGGUUUCGUCGGCUGUCACAAGAUGUUGGAGAGAGAUCUGUACAUCGUCGUGUGCCUGGCCUUCAAUCACUGGCACACCGGGAUGGAGGACACGUCCAGCUAUCCGGAAUAUGUUCUCGCUAUUCAUAGUUCAAAGAGGCUUCUGGUCGAGCAGAUAUCGCCACCUGCAUUUGUCUUAGCCGAUGCUAUUAUAAGUCUAACAUUGGCUAAAGGGCAACGACAUGAAGGCAGAGAAGGUAUGACUGCCUAUUAUUUAACUAAAGGGUGGGCCGGUUUAGUGGUGAUGGUCGAAAAUCGUCAUGUGAACAAGUGGAUUCACGUAAAAUGCGACUGCCAUGAGAGCUAUAAUGUCGUGUCCACGAGAGGACAACUCAGAACUGCCGAUAGUGUUCCUCCCCUUCACAGACAAGUCAUCAUAGUUCUAACGCAAUUGGAAGGUAGCGGAGGUUUCUCAAUAGCACAUCGACUCACGCACAGAUUAGCUAACAGUGGAAAUUUGCACGAUUGGGGACCGCCUGAUACACAGCAUUGUCCUCAAAUUGACACUCAGGUGGAAGGUUUGCACAGUCCUCGCUUGAUAACGUGAGAGCAACAACCGAGAACAAAUAGAGGCUGAACGUUACUCGAGGAAAGUGUUGUCGACUAUGAUCGGGAACGAUUCUCGUACACACGACGUCGAGCAAUUGACUGAAAACAAAACCAAAGCUAGAAACAUUUCAAGGUACUAUAAGACGUUCUGAAGACAUUAGAAUACUCUUUGUGCUUUCUAGCUGAUGAUACUCCACGGAUGCUCUUAGCGUUGCAACAUGCUCAGCAUUGGACGUAAUACAAUAAGUAACAAUUAAUGUACAAUGGUUCUGGACCCAGUGGUUAAGAAAAAGAAUAGUUUCUGUCUAAAGUAGGCGGUGAAUUAUGCGCUUCACUCGCGCGGAUGAGAGAAAGGACGAACUUAAAAAGGAGAAAAAAAAAGAUAAAAUAAAACACACGUGCAAAUUAAGUGUUUCUGCUGGAACCAUUGAGCCGUAAAGAAGACUUAUGGAAAAUUGAAUAUUUAUGAAGAAACAAGUUAAACACAUUUUGCUUGUUAUAUAAACGAAAAAAAAUUAUUUUCUCAACGUAACAUUUAAGCAUCGUAAGAAAUGACAAAACCUAAAAAGAUUACACAAUAAUAUAAUAUAAAAUGAAACCAUUAGGAGACAUUAAGAAUGUGUGUGAACACCGUACACAUUGUUUUUGGAAUUGCUUAGAAUGUAGUACGAUUGCAGAUCGGGACAUUUCCGAUUUUAACCGAUGUUCACAGCCGAUCCUAUUGCUGUAAGGCCGUAUUUGAAACCCGCAUUUAAGGGAACUUGAAUUCUUAGUUCCAUUUAACGUUAUGCACGAUAAUAAAAAAAAAAAAGUGGAAUCUUAGGAUCUCCAUAUAUCGACUGUAGCGUAGAAUGUUUACCUUAUCUAGACUUUGUUGUUCCCAUCUUGCAACUGGAUGGAGAGUUUUGUGCUAAAAUGGAUGUAGCGUACGGCUACAGAACCAAAGAUCUCUCUUGAAAGUUUUUAAAAUAUAUAUAUAUUUAACGCGUUCACUGCCAUUCUAUGCAAUGUACAUAUAUAACUUUUGCUUCUGUUACAGAAUUGCUUGAUCGAUUGAUAAUAGAAUUAAAAUGGAUGAUGGUGUUUCUUGCACACAGUGAUUACACAUUUCUUUGCCUCGGUAAAUACAGUCGGAAAAUACAUGCGCAAGCAUGGCAGUCAGCGGGUUAGACGUCGUUGAUUCUGUGUUCAUGUGCUAUUUGAAAAGAAAACAUGUGUUAAGGUGUUUUUUUCAUUUGUCCAUCUAGCCACUAUCGCAGCUCUAAUAUUGAUUCUCAUGAGAAAAAGGGUUCACCGUUUCGGUUUGAAUGUCAAACUGCCAUAUUGCAUGUUUUUGGACAUUGAUUGAUUGAUGCAAUGAUCGAUUGGCACGCAUGACAUGUUUCGCAAUGGCAAUUGUAUAGAAUAAAAAAAAAAAUUGUCCGGCGCUUUCUACAUACAUUGAAUGUAGUGAUGAAUCUAUACAUUGAAUGUGGUGAUGCGACAAUACGCGACGCUGCGAUCAGCUAACGAUGCUUGGACCCGAAAAAUUUAAGAGAUCUUUCGUUUUAACAGACUGAGAGCAUGUGAACGCUAUUUCAAUCAAUAGUACAAAAUUCCUAUCUGCUACAAAUUCGCUUAUUUACGCAAAUGAUGUGCGGGAUAUAAGUAUAUAAGUUUUAUUUUGAGAUAAUUAUAUUGUUGGCGAUGUAACUUAUAAUAAGUGUUGGUAACUUGAAUUGUGCAUGAAUUUAUAAUUCAUUUCGUUGUUAUCGAGUCGUAUGAUUAGCGGAGAUUGGUUUCGCACCGAUACAUUUUUACGCGUAAAUUGAGUUGUGCGAGUCCCCUUGAAUUAUUCGAGCCACCUUUUCAUAAAUCGCGAAUCAUGAUUCCAUUCUUCGUGCGAUUGUCUCCCGCGCGGAGGCAGAACGCAAGCGGGACACUCAUUUCCCCAUUUCGUCGAUCUCAAAACAGCAGGCCGAAUUGUCUUAACGAGGCCUAAGUGUUAGCAAUUAGCUUUAAGGGUUAAAACGAAGAACAUAGUUUUGGGAAAUGUCCGUUUAAACAAUCCGUAAUGCGCGUAUUGACGGAAAUACGUCCAGAUAAUCAGUCUUUACAGUGAUGCGCUCAAAGUUCACGUAAACGUUCACGAUCGAGAGUCGAUUCCCUCGCGAUCGCUCGCGAUUCAAACGACGCUCGGGCGCCGCGUCGAUUAAUUAAAAUAACGGAGUUAAUAAAAUAAUUAAAAAAAAAAGUAAAAAAAAUUAACGACUUCGCCCGGGAACGUCAUUUAACUCGCCGGGACGUUCAAGGAAUUUAUUCUUUACGAGUACUCUUAAUAUUUGCAGUAGAUUCUGUAUUGAGUGGCCUUCGUUUAUAAAAGAUAAUAGUUUCGUAAAUAUAAGACACGGACUACCGGAGUUGUGCGCUUCGGGUAAUUGGGAAAUAAAACGUCAAGGUUCGCCAAACGGUACUGACGACGGCGUGCAUGCAGCAGGAAACUGAGAAAGAGAGAAAAAAAAAAAAAAAGUUUACAUCCUCGAAGCGCACAACUCUCAUCAUGAGAUCACACGCGCACAUUCUUCAAACACACAUAAGAUACCGAAGGCUAGAGAAUCCUCAUUUUUUGUACCAAGCACGAGUUGCAUUUACGCGAGGGCGAGGUGCUUCGGCGAGUACGGAAAACGCUGCUACCCAGUGCCAUACGACGAGAGACUCGUAACGACGGGAUACCCCGCGUAAACGGAUGGCGACGCCCCGACGACGACCGUACAUUUCGCAUGUCAUAACGUAACGUAUAAGCGUUUCUCCGCGGAAUAAGCAAACAAAUAAUUCUAUUUUACAUAUUGCAUAAUCACCGAGGCUAAAGCGUUUAAGACGUUCCCGUUUUUUGCGGCGCAAUAAACCGCGUGUCCGGCGCUCUUGUGUUCGGCCAAAGCGGCGAUGAAUGUAUCGCGGCGUUAAAUAUAUUGACGGACGUUUGAUCGGUCGCGCGAUUUACUUUUACACCACGCGUGCAGCAAAUCGAUGUAAUCCCACGGCGAAAGGAAGUCCGCGGGAUCCCGUCGGGACAUCCCGCUGGGUGAUCAUGUCUUUGAAAUAUUCCGCGUAAAAACAGAGAUGCCAAUGUAUAUCCCGCGGAUAUUCAUUGUGGGAUAAUAUCGGUGCGUCGUGGCUGCAACAACCAACGUUACUCUCCACUCGGCUGGAAAGUACGAGAGAGAGAAAAAAAAAAAAAAUGUCAUGCACUCGGAGAUAAAUCGCGUAAUGUUUCCCGAGGAAGAGUGAAGUCUCUCGCGAGCGGCAUUUCGGGAUGAUGCUGGUUGUUCUGGCUUCGCGAUUUUGAUAUAUUUUGAUACAAAGGCAAAGCACGAGCUCAUCGCCGUUCUGUCAAACGGUCGCCGUGAAAAGAUCUGCACAAACUAGAAGCGGACAAGAUGUAUAUUUAGGAGCAAUAAACCCGCCGCGCGUUUAGCGCUACGCUUCCCCGAUUUUCAUCUCGCGGUUCCUCUCGAUAAGUAAGAUUGAAAGCCACACGGCUACAUUUAAUACGCGUCGCACUAAUUCCGAUUGGCACUAAAUCACCAGUUAGUUUCUCCGCAUUUUGUAGCUAGGAUUGUGGAAGCGACAUUUCAGCUCGGCGAAAUAAAGCUCCGCACGACUGAGUGUUAUUAAUACGACUGACGCUUAACGCUAAACGCGCGGUGUGAGAGUGCGGGCCUACGUAAACACAAACAUCCUGAAGGAAGUACCAUUUGUACAUAAAGAGGAAUAAUUUAUUCUAUUUAUGGGGGAGAGAGAAAGAGAGAGAGAGAGAGAGAGAGAGAGAGAGAGAGAGAGAGAGAGAGAGAGAGUGUGUGUGUGUAUGUAUGCGUGUGUGUGAGAGAGAGAGAGAGAAAGAGGAGAGAGGAGUCUGCGAGGAGUCGCGCACAGUUGUGUUAAAUUUUGAGUUGUUUUGCAUGUGCUUCGGUGUUUCCGUCGUGCGCGGCUGCAAACAAGCGCGUGCGACGAAUUUGUAACGCAUUCUAUAUAAAUAUAUAUAUAUAUACAUACAUAUAUAUAUAUAUAUUUAUAUAUAUAUACAUAGCGCAGUUAGAGAGUGAUAUACCAAGAUCGAGAUACGACGAUGACGUGCGAGGCGUAAAUAUCCGUGCAGGUCGUCUCGCGCGUCAGCGGCGCGCGUGAGUCCUCGAAAAGUAUGUCGCCUCACCUGUGGAAUUUCCGCGUUCGCUCGAUUUAUUAUUUAUCGUUCGUUUUAGCACGCGGCGUCCGCGUGCCGUCGCCCCGCGGGAACCGGCGGAUCGCUUUACGGACGGUCGCACGCCAUCGCAGAGUACCUAGGAAUAUAUUCUUAAUAUGUGAAGAAAAUAUAAGGAAAAAAAAAUAUAUAUAUAUAUAUAUAAAUAUAUAUAUAUUAACGGUGUCUCGUUGUAUUUGUAUAAUAAGAUGUAAAGAAAAGGAAAAAAAAAACAAUGGUGUCAUUUGCAUGGUCAUUUUGAGCGACUCGAUCUUCAUAAAUGAUGCUACGUACCGGGUGCAUUCUAAAUUGUGUACAAGCGUUAACUGCGUAUCCAUAUUUUUAUCCCGACGCAAUGGAAUUAGAAUGAUCGAUAUGAUUCUGUUCGGUGAGGAGAACGACGAUGUGAAAAAUUCAACUUUGUACAUGAUACGCUAGAAACCCUCGAUUAAAAGAGGCUUAGGGUGACAUUCUGUGAAUUUCACAAGUUUGUUUUUUUAUACCACACGCGUGUCACUUUCUCGAGUUUCAUCAAUCGAGCAGGAUAAUAUUGAUCUUUCUAGUUCCAACGUGUCGAUCUUCGUGUGGUGAAAUUAAAAUCGAUGCUCGAGCAAAAAAUGUGUGAACGAGAACAGAGUGAGAUCAGGGGAUGAGGGCGAAAAUUAUUCGUGGCGAACAUCAAAUCACGUUUCAUGCGUAUCGCGGAUUAUUGACGACGAUUAUUCCCGAGGUCGCUAAAGAAUUGUAAAGAAUCAGGUGUAUAGCAAAAUGUACGAAAAAAAAAAGAGAUGUUCUUGGACGCGUUACUUUUAUGUCGUUCAGCUCGCGGCUGUGAUCAUUUUAGAAACACCCAUGUACGAACCCGAACCAGCAAUCAACUUUGUGAUAGUCUGUGUACUGAAUCUGAUGAACAUCGUUAAAUUAAUCUCAUCUCCUAUAGAUAAGGUGUAUAAUUAUUAGAAUCUCAUCACACGCAAAGGAGAAAACAUAUUUACUACGUCAUAAAGUGAUAAUGAGAUUGUGUUGUCCCCUGAUUUGUAUCAUGUAGGCACGUUUAAUAAUAAAUCGAAAUAUUAUC